AUGUCCACUUUUCAGCAAACCAAACCCAAAACUGUCACUAAAACGACGACAACAACGAGCGUCACAUGCGAACAGUCUCAAAAACUUGUUCAAACGAUGCUUACGAUGUCGUUCGGAUGCCUUGCGUUUCUCAGAGGAUUUUUUCCAGACGACAACUUCGCAGAUCAAAGAUUUGUCCCGGAAAAGGUGAGCAAAGACUAUAACAAGGACCGUAACGGAGCACAAGCCAAUUCGAUCAAAAUCAAAACACUGGUUCGUGGCAAGUCUCUCGAGGUAGACCUCUUCUUGGAUUGGCUUGAAAAGGGAGUCUUUAAGUCUAUCAAGCUAAAGUAUUUAAAGGGCUUGAGCUUGGGUGUUUUCGCAGACGAAAAUGCUCCAACUGAUUUAAUUGAAGACUAUGUUUUCGGAUUUAGCUACGACAACGAUGGACAAGUGCUGCUUACCGUUAACGGGGACGAAGGUGCCGUCUCUUUGUUGGAGUCCAGAAAAGUGGUCCAGCAGCUUAUGCGCCGCUUUAUCAUAAUCACACAAUCGCUGGAGCCGCUUCCAGAGAAACGUUUCCUGUCCAUGCGGCUAUUGUUCAACGAAAAUGCACCGCUUGACUAUCAACCACAGCUUUUCAAGGACGUCAGUCGCGAAAGACCUGCCACAGUCCAAGUUCCGAUCUCUACAGAUCUAGACACAUAUUCCGUGGGAUCUUUGGACACAAAAUUUCACAAGGUUGCGCUAAAGGUUCUUUCUAUCGUUGAAUCCGAAGAAGUUAAGGAGGGAGCAACACGAAAGGUUGAUCCGUUUAGUCUAAUUGAUACAACAGACAGCCCACAAGACACCUAUUCGAGGGCCAGUCAGAACACGUCCGACACUUUGCAUGGUCCAAGCCAGACCAGCCGCUACCUACAGAAUUUACUAUCGUCACCAUCGAUUGGUGUUACUCAAACCCAACAUCUAUCGGAGGACACAGAAUUCGAUUGUCAGUGCGGAACAUCUUGUCCCCAGGCGACUACAAAAACACUUACUUGUAGUACAUGCAAAAGGAAACUCCACAAGAUAUGCUAUGGUAAUCUAUCUCAAAAUUUUGUUCACGAAUGUAUUUCUUGUCUGAACAGAAGCGGUAGACUGGAUCUUACGACAGUCACUUUUAAGGUAUUGAUGAUGCUUAGAAAAAUCUACAGAUUCAUGGUCAAAAAGCGGAGGUUGCCGACCAAGGUCUCAGAGUUUUACGCAGCAUUGGCGGGCCCUAAAGCAGACUCAGCAUCCAUCGACAACAUAAACUUGGCACUUUCAAUAAUGUUCUCUGAUGAGGUGUUUGUCCUUGAGAAAGAGAGAAGGAAGCAGGCAAGGAGUUCUUCGUUCCUGAGUUCUUCGGAUUACAUCGAUAUUGAUCACAACGGGAUUGUCGUCAAGGGCGUCGGUGAAAUUCCCAUCAAUACAAAGGUGGUAUGGACUUUUGUCGCCAACUCUGUCAAUGCUCAGGUCGCUUAUACUAGUGUUGUGUUUGAAAACUUCGAGUCAUUGGAAAGCGCCUUGCAGAGUGUGGGAAACUCUCUAGCCACCAUCCCUGAUAUUAAAAACCUUAGCGCCGAAGCUUUUAUUGUCGAUGAUUCGCCAGGUUCGUCCUUGGAUUUCUAUUCCUUGAGAAUUGACGACGAUACUCAAAAUACUUUAGAGACGGGGAAGAGAAAGCAUCCAGGCCUGACAUCAUACCUUGAAACCGAUAGAACAAAUCUGGAUGACACAUUGGAUGCGCAUAAUUUCAAUUCCAACAAAAUCAGAAAAAUAAGUGCUUCAAAGAAAACGCUUAGAAGUAUAUGGUAA